GCGACUUGUGCAAAUUGCAGAUUGCUCUUUCCUUUACCUUUACCUCCUCUGCGACCACCGCGACUAUCCACAGUCUCAACGGCAAAGAGGAUGAAGAGAAGAAAAAUUCGCAUGCAAAGAAUAUGGGACGUCCCUAAAAAAUAUCUGCAGCACUUGCAUCCAUCUCUUCGAAUAAUGGUUGAACGAAAUCCUCGUCGCUGGAAGAUUCGACGUGCUGAAGGUCAGAGAAUUCGAAAUCGUUUGCUUUACUAUCGUCCGCAAGCGAGGGUGUUCCCAUGGUUUUGUGACACGUGCACGUUAUCGUCACGCUUCCUCUCGGUGAUUCAAGAUCAUAGCUGUCCGAACAAGAAUCUUUCCAGGCAUGUGCAGGAUUUUAAUAAUGAGCAAAGGAUUGCCUUGCUGGGAUUUCGAAGCAAGGCUAAGGAUGCAUUAGCUGUACUGGAACGUGUAGUCAAUCCACAGGCUGUAGAUCUGGGCAGCGUGCGCUUUCCGAAGGACGAGGGUGGUUCAUCUUCCGUUUGUGUUGUACCACGCCUAAGUGAAUUGUGCUUGUCCGUCCUCAGUCGGCCAAAAUCUUUGCAUGAGCUGCCAAUACAUGAGCAGAGAAAGAUCCAAUUUUGUUCGGAGCCUUCGGCAUCGCAUUUCCAUCCAUCUAAACAUACAGGACAGUUGUGCACGAUUUGUCGCAGGUUGUUUCCGACUUUUGUAGCCUAUGAGGAUCACCUGGUGAAUGAGUUAUGCAAGACUGAUAUCGCGCCAGAUCCUGUCCCUAUCCAGAUGUCUGAUUCUGGGACCAUCCCGCUGAACUACGUGUACAGCCCCGAAAAUAGGCCUAUCGCCAAACCGAGGCUGAUGAUUUGCUCACUCUGUCAUGAUGAUAGAUUUUCCACGUCUCAACAAUUCCAUGAGCACAUUCUUGAAUGUGCAAACAAGCUGGCUCUUUUAUAAUAUUGUUGUACAAAUUCGUUAUAGAUCUCUUUGAAAAUUCUUAACAUGACGGUUCAGUAU